AUGAAGCGGACCACCCUGGUCUCCAUCUGCAUGCUCGUCGGUGCCUGCGGGACCUUAGCCAACUCGCGGGCGGCGAACUUCAGCUCGCUGCUUUUCUGUCGCGGCGCGGUGGGCGCUGCGGUGGGCGGGCUGCUGCCGGCCAGCUUCGCCAUCAUCGGGGACAUGUACCCCGCAGAUGAGCGGCCUCAUGCAAUCGCCAUGCUGGCCGUAAUCUCUGGCAUGGGACCGGCUAUGGGCCAGGCUUUAGCCGGCUUUCUGGGCUCCAGUGCAGGGUGGAGGGCGCCUUUUGCGCUGGUGGGGGCUGCAGGCUUGGGCAUCACCCUCCUCUUGUUCGCCCUUCAAAAGGAGCCGAACAAGGUGGAAGAGGUGGAGCUCGAGAAUGAGCCUUCUACCAGCUACUGCACCUCCCUGUGCUCUGCACUGGCGAAGCCCACGGUGAUCUUGACCUGCCUACAAGGCAUCUUUGGUUGCGUGCCUUGGGCCGUGAUCGGCACGUUCCUGGCCGACUUUCUGGCCACCAACGCGAAUAUGGGCGUCCCGGGGGCCACCACCGUGCUCUUCAGCUUUGGCGUGGGCUGCUUAACUGGCACUGCCAUCGGUGGCAAGUUGGGACAGCAUUUGUACAGAAAAGACAAGCGUCUACAAGCCUGGCUCAUGGGCCUCACCGUGUGGGGCGGAAUGCUGCCGUUCCUGUUCCUCUUUUCUUCUGCCGGCUCUUGGGGCCACCCUGUGCUCUUCUACAUCCUGGCGCUUGCCGGCGGGAUCCUAGCGCCGAUUGCAGGGAGCAACGCGAAAGCUGUGCUUCUGAAUACCGUGGCGACGCGGUCUCGAGGGACUGUUUUCGGUGUGUACAACAUCAUGGACGACCUGGGAAAAGGUAGAGAACUGCCCAUGUAG